UCGUUCAGUCGUUUCUUCGCCGCUCAACCGUUCGGUCGCUUCUUCGGUCGCCCGCCUAUCGAUAUCGAUAAACGUAGGUGUGCCUGCAGUGCGCCUGUGUGCGUGUAUGUGUCAGCAGUGCAGUUUUCCUGUUUAUCCCUGAAUUCUGUGAGAAAUGUGAUAUAGAAACAGCAUUAGCGAACAACUAAACGCUUUGCGCAACCGAAAUUCAGCUGCUUAAAGGGACAUCGAAAGUGGUAGCUGCAAACAUUAUAGUUUGUUUAUAUCUGAUACUCCUGCGAGCAGAUACCAUUCGCACGAUGUCGUACUACGCGGAGCGAGCCCUGUCCCUACUCUACCCGCUGGCCAUCGUUUCAUCGCUGGUCUGCUGCAUCACCUCGGCGGUGGCCUGGACACACUGGCAGUACGUGCUCAAUGCCUGCCCGGACACCAAUUGCGGCUGCGUGCUGCACGGCAAGAGCACGUUCCACAGCUUCGAGGGCGGCAACGUCGCCUACUGCCACUUCGCCACCUACGGCCUGCUGCUGCCGCUGCUCUUCGCCGUCGUCCUGGGCGUCUACCACGGCUACCGCAUGUGCAUCGGUCGGGGCAAGCCCAAGGCGGGCACGGCCACCAUCCGUCAGCGCUCCGGUGACAUGAUCGUGGUGACCACCGAGUCGGAACUCACGCCCGAUGGUCUCUCGCCCUACUACUGGCUGCCCGCCACCGUCAUCUCGACAAUAAUGGCCGUCUACCAACUGGUCUACUCGGCCGUGUUCACGGAUGGCUUCGAGGUGACUUGCAAGCAGUACAGGGAGUCGCUGCUGAAGGAGAUCCAGGGCGUGGGCAACAUUGUGCCCGUGAUCAAGUCGCGGCUCUCGUGCGCCGCCGUCUUCGACUUCAUGGACUAUCUGGUGGAGAGCGUGUCGUACGAGCGGCGACGCUACGGGCGCAUCAAUACGGCCGCCUGCCUGUACUUCACCCUGGUCUUUGCCUGGAUCGCACUGCUCGCAUGGCUGCUCGUCUGCGUGAUCAAUGUCGUCCAGCUGCGGCGCACGAAGGCCGCCAGGGUCUGAGUCCUGCCAUGAAUCGGGAGGCGCGAGGUCCUCUACACUUUACAUUCCACCUGUUCGCCUUUUAACUUAUUUAGUUAGUUAUAGUGACACACAAGCCAGAACGUCCACGUUAUGAACGCAUUGUACAAAUAAUAUACAUAUGUAUGAACAACGAGCGAUUAUUCACAUCGCAAGCCUUUUCAAUAAAAUGACUAUAAUUGCAUUAAAGAUAUGCAUGCAUACAU